CAGCAGAAACGAAUCACGUUCUUUCACAUUCCCGUCAUGUCCUCCAGCAGAAGAGCAGAAGUGGUAACAGUCCUGCGCACACCCCACGAAAAACCACGGCGGGUACCAUAAUCACCACAAUCUCUCGCCAAUGUGAUCCAUGGUUUUCAGCGAUACACGAACUACCUUGCACCAAAACAUCCAUCUACUACUACUACUGUUGUCGAGCUGCCCGAAACGUAAUUCUUGUCGAAAUCCCAAUAUAUACGCAAGCCUUCCUUCAAUUCCUCCCCGCUCCCCCCCUUUUGUGCACGCUCCUCCAGCACAUGGACGGGAGGCACGCCCACGUGCGCUGGUGGGCCAGGCACCUCUGAUGCCUCAACCUGCAGCCUUUAGAAAACGGCGAACAACCGCACCGCGAUGCAUGCCGAAGCACAAGCGGGAGGGGACCCAAAACCUCACCCCGGGCCGACGCACCAGCACCCCCCUUCCCCCCGUGACCCCAAUUUUUCCGCAUCUGGGUCAGAAAAGCAUCUCCACCUCGUCGAUGGCCACUGGCGUCACGGUCUUGUGGACCGACAACAGCACUCGUAUAGUAGCAGCUGCUUCAACGACCGGGUCGGCCCGACCAGACCAACGGUACGGCGGGGCGACUUGCGAGGACUACCCGCUACCUCUAGCACCAACAUUACUCAAACCACGAUUGGCGUCUUCUCGAGUCUCGUGAAGACACACGUACGUACGGCAUGCCUAUCGAUCGUUGCCGAAAGCAAGUCUCGCUACAAUUCACCCUCCCCCUCCCCCAACAAAUGACCCCGCAACCUCCCUCAGCAACCCCGUUGUGCUUCAUUUACCUAUCAAAACUAGCAGUACACCGCACGCGCUCGAAGAUUUAAGGGGGGCAUGUAUAUAAGACAGGCACAGCAGGCACAGCAGGCGCGAUACAUAUCGCGCAGAAGAAUAACUGUCAACCGACACACUACUAAUUUUACCGCGUCUGGCAAAUAAGACGAGAGCGGGAA